GCGGCGCGCAGAGUGGAGAGACGGAGAGCGGAAUAACAGCAACAGCUGGACGGAUCACUAAUGAGGCACAAUUGCCACUGGCCCUGAUGACAGUUUGUGGGUUGCAGAAGGCCACAUCGGACCACUAUGUAGCAAAAGUCAAAUUUCCAGUGGAAAAGGAUUUUGGAUCUGUUGGGUCUAACACUGAAUCGGGACAAAGUUCAUGAGGUACCUGACUUGCCGGCUGUCACCAUGAGCAGUAGUGCAGGAAAAGAUAAGGAGCCCAAGGUGAGCUCCGGCACUAAAGAGAGAGAGAAGGAAGCCAAAGCCGUGGGGCCGGUGAAGGAGAGUAAAGACAAGGACCUUAAGAGCAAAGUGAAAGAUGCCAAAGAGGGUAAGCGAGACCCCGUUGGAGCCCAGGCAGGUGUGGCAUUUUCACUGGACAAUACCAUUAAACGGGCAAACCCUGCGUCAGGGAUGCGUAAAAAAGCCAGCAACGCCGAGGUGAUCAAAGAACUGAGCAAGUGCCGGGAGGAGAACUCCACUCGCUUGGAUCUGGCCAAGAAGUCCAUACACAUGCUUCCAGUUUCCAUUAAAGACCUGACGCAGAUCACAGAACUGUAUUUAUACGGAAACAAGCUGCAGUCCCUGCCGGCCGAGGUGGGCAACCUUGUGAACUUGGUCAAGUUGGCCCUUAGCGAGAACUCCCUGACUAGCCUUCCCGACUCCCUGGAUAACUUAAAGAAGCUGUGCAUGCUGGACUUGCGGCACAACAAGCUGCGGGAGAUCCCGCCCGUCGUCUACAGGCUGAGUUCUCUCACCACGCUGUUUUUACGGUUCAACCGCAUUACCGCGGUGGAGAAGGACCUCAAAAUGCUGCCGAAGCUCACCAUGUUGAGCAUACGGGAGAACAAGAUCAAACACCUGCCUGCGGAAAUUGGGGAGUUGUGUAACCUGAUUACACUGGAUGUGGCUCACAAUCAGCUGGAGCACCUUCCCAAGGAGAUCGGCAACUGCACCCAGAUCACCAACCUCGACCUGCAGCACAAUGAGCUCCUGGACCUGCCAGACACAAUAGGAAACCUGUCCAGCCUGAGUCGUCUCGGCCUGCGAUAUAACAGACUGUCUGCCGUACCCCGAUCCUUAUCCAAGUGCAGCGAGCUGGACGAGCUCAAUCUGGAAAAUAACAAUAUUUCCACUUUGCCAGAGGGGCUUCUCUCCAGCCUAGUGAAAGUGAACAGCUUAACCCUGGCCCGAAACUGUUUCCAGUCUUACCCAGUGGGGGGGCCCUCCCAGUUCUCCUCUAUUUACUCCCUCAACAUGGAGCACAAUCGCAUUAACAAGAUCCCAUUUGGAAUCUUUUCAAGAGCGAAAGUAUUGAGUAAGCUGAACAUGAAGGACAAUCAGCUGACUUCUCUCCCCCUGGAUUUUGGAACCUGGACAAGUAUGGUGGAAUUAAAUCUGGCUACUAAUCAAUUAACAAAGAUUCCCGAGGAUGUAUCUGGCCUUGUCUCUAUAGAGGUUCUCAUUCUCUCCAACAACCUCCUGAAGAAGCUGCCACACGGUAUUGGGAACCUGCGCAAGCUGAGAGAACUGGACCUUGAAGAGAACAAGCUGGAGUCCCUGCCUAAUGAAAUUGCCUAUCUCAAGGAUCUGCAGAAAUUGGUCCUCACUAAUAACCAGUUAACCACGUUACCCAGAGGAAUCGGCCACCUCACCAAUCUCACGCACCUUGGCCUUGGGGAAAACCUCCUCACCCAUCUUCCAGAAGAAAUAGGUACACUGGAGAAUUUGGAGGAGCUGUAUCUGAACGAUAACCCCAAUUUACACAGCCUCCCCUUUGAGCUCGCUCUGUGCAGCAAACUGUCCAUCAUGAGUAUUGAGAACUGUCCGCUCAGCCACCUUCCCCCCCAGAUUGUCGCUGGGGGCCCGUCAUUCAUCAUUCAGUUCUUGAAAAUGCAAGGUCCUUAUCGUGCCAUGGUCUGAUCCCUCCCCCCGUCCCAUACACUGUACAAAAAGCACCCCGUUGUGUUAAGAUAUAUAUAUAUAUAUAUAUAUAUAUAUAUAUAUAUAUAUAUAUAUAUGUAUAUGCGCCUCUCCUGGGAUGCGGAUAUAUCAGUAAUAUAUAUAUAUGUAAGGAAAAGACAGAUUUAUUUCCACUACAUUAUGUGUUUUUGCUCAUAGAGGAAUCCUAGCCAUUUAGGUUUUUUUUUAUUACGUACAAAAAAAAGUUGUGUUUUUUUUAAAAUUUUUGCUGAAUGUGUUGCGUAACUCGGUCAGAAUUUGGUUCCCGUAUAAUGAAAUGCCAGUUUAGUUCAAACCAUUUGCCAACGUAUUUCUGUCGCCAGGCGUCCGUAUCUGCACUUCCUACCCAGACUUUCAUUUGCCCAAAUUUUCAUCAUCUUAACUUAUUUUUUUUUUCUUCCCUUUUUUGGAACUUUUUUUUAAAUGUUUAUAUAUUGUUUACACUCGGGGUGAAUCACUGUGUUCCUGGCACUGGAUUUGCUCUGUUUUAAUGACUUACACACUUUUAUACUUACGGUGGGACAGAAGCCCAACCACCAAUGAAAUGUCAGCUUAAUGGAACAGUUGCUGGACUUGUAUGAAAUCCAUGGUGCCAGCUCUUGUAGUCCCAGGGGAGAGAAGAGUACAGUUUCCAGCUGGAGUGAAACCACUGUGUGUUGCGGGGCUGAUGGGUGUUGUAGUUUGACCAAAGCCGGUGCCACAGACUGGGCAUUCACACCAGCCAGUACAUAUCACAUAGUAUUUUUGGUUAUAUUUUUGUAUAUACUAACUCUUAAAGGAAAACUAUAACCCCGAACAACAUAGGUCUCUAUAAAGAUAUAUUGCAUAAAACGGCUCAUAUGUAAAACUUUUGCUUCAUGUAAAUAAACCAUUUUCAUAAUAA